ACUCAACAUUGCUGUCUUUUGUCUGGCUUCUCUGUUGUACAAAAGAUGUCGACCAAAUCAGACGCUGAAAAGCAACAACUAAGCAUCCCAGUCCCUUGGGAACGAGAUCCUGAAAAUCCUCAGAAUUGGAACAUAUGGAGAAAAGCAUUAAAUUUGGGAAUUGUAUCUAUCUUGGGUUUUAUCACUCCUUUGGAAUCAUCCGUCAUCGUCCCAGGUGUUCCUCUCCUGAAAGAAGACUUCCACGAAACUCGACCACCUGUGACAUCCCUCGUCGUAUCGAUAUUUGUUCUUGGUUUCGCGUUCGGUCCUGUGCUUCUGUCACCGCUGUCAGAGCUUUACGGUCGUCGUUUGCUUCUCAAUAUUUCUAAUGUUGUUACGCUUGGUUUUUCGAUCGGUAGUGCUCUUGCACCAAAUAUUGCGACGUUUAUUGUCUUUCGCUUUAUUGCUGGGAGCUUUGGGGCUGGGCCGAUGAAUAUUGGUGGUGGGAGUAUUGCUGAUCAGGUCGAGCUUUCGAAAAGAGGUUUUGUGAUGUCGAUCUUCUUCACGGGCUACUUCUUGGGUCCUGUUAUUGGGCCUGUGAUAGGAGGCUUCGUCGCCAAGGACCUUGGAUGGAGAUGGGUGUUCUGGAUCAUGGCUAUCUUUAAAGGAGUCAUGACGAUAGCAGCCUUUUUCUUCGUUGCUGAAACCCACCACCCCACGAUCCAACGAAGACAAGCCCAAUCCCCUGACGAAACGGCCGAGAACAAAGAGCCUCCGAAGGUCGGCCAAGUGCUGUUACGGGCGCUAAUGAGACCGAUGAGAAUGCUAAUCCGCAGCCCUAUCGUCACCGGUCUCUCUCUAUAUCUGGCAUUGAUAUAUGGUUACCUAUAUCUUCUCUUUACUACUUUCUCAACAGUAUUCCCAGAACAGUACGGUUUUGGUAUUGAUACUCUUGGCCUUGCUUUUCUGGGAGUGGGGAUAGGCUGUGUCGUUGCUCUGGUGGUUCUCUCAUGGCUGAGUGACUGGCUUCAAAAACGCCUGACCAAGAAAUACGGAGAGUCUAAACCAGAAUAUCGAUUGCUUCCUAUCAUCCUUGGAAUUCCGCUUCUUCCCAUUGGACUGUUCGUAUACGGCUGGACAGCAGAGUAUAAGGUCCACUGGAUAGUUCCUAUCAUCUUCACGGGGUUCUCGGGAGCUGGGCUAAUCUUCUCAUUUCUUCCCACUCAGAUAUACAUGAUUGAUGCUUUCACGGACUAUGCGGCUAGCGCUUUGGCUGCUACAAGUGUCGUACGCAGUAUAGUUGGUGGAUGUCUCCCUCUUGCUGGACUUCCACUGUACUCUGCUCUUGGUUAUGGAUGGGGGAACUCACUUCUUGGGUUCAUCGCCAUUGUAGUAUCGAUUGCACCCCUUCUUUUCUGGCGCUACGGCGAGACUUUGCGGAAGAAGUACGAUGUACAGUUUGACUAA